UCGGCCGGAACCGCCAUCUUCCAGUAAUUCGCCAAAAUGACCAACACAAAGGGAAAGAGGAGGGGCACCCGCUACAUGUUCUCUAGGCCUUUUAGAAAACAUGGAGUUGUUCCUUUGGCCACAUACAUGCGAAUCUACAAGAAAGGUGAUAUUGUAGAUAUCAAGGGAAUGGACACUGUUCAAAAAGGAAUGCCCCACAAAUGUUACCAUGGCAAAACUGGGAGAGUCUACAAUGUUACCCAGCAUGCUGUUGGCAUCAUUGUAAACAAACAAGUUAAGGGCAAGAUUCUUGCCAAGAGAAUUAAUGUGCGUAUCGAGCAUAUUAAGCACUCUAAGAGCCGGGAUAGCUUCCUGAAACGGGUGAAGGAAAAUGAUCAGAAAAAGAAGGAAGCCAAAGAGAAAGGUACUUGGGUUCAACUGAAGCGCCAGCCUGCUCCACCCAGAGAAGCACACUUCGUGAGAACCAAUGGAAAGGAGCCUGAACUGUUGGAGCCCAUUCCCUAUGAAUUCAUGGCAUGAUGGGUGUAAAGAAAAUAAAAGACCUGGACUGUGGGAAAAAAAAAAAAAAAAG